GUGUGUCUUCGUUGUGUCUGAACACGCGACGCGCAGGGAGAGGGACGCAACGCGGUCGCUUCCAACUAUUUUCUGUGUUCCUGCGGUGCGUGUGUGUAUGUGCGUACCCUGCAUCGAUUUUUGGCUCGAGUAGUGGAGACGCCGAGAGUAUGAAAGAGUUCAUCAAAAAAGAAGAACCGAUUUUCGAGGAGGAAGAUGCGCAUGUGCUGGGCGACGAUGAACCAGAUGGAGAUCUGCCAGAACUUCCAAAAAUUGCUGCUCGGCAGAGAAAAUCAAAGAUCGUGAGAAAACAAGGCAGGAAAACGAAAAGGAAGACUCGAAAGUCAAAGACAGGAGCAACAAAGCGAAGGAAAGGAACUAAACGACGACGGAAAACCACAUCAAAAUCGUUAGACAAAGGGGAAAGUAUUGGAAGAGUCAAGCGAUACGGGCGAGAAAAGGAACAAAAGCUUCAUAUUCGCCAAAACGAUGAUGUCAUUGUGGUCGAUGAGGUCCCAAGUGCAGAUAAAGUUCCCACUCCACCUCCUGCGCCUGCAAAGCCUACGCCGUCGAACAUUCUUGAUCAAAUCCUUUUCGCUCAGGAAAAAGUUCUUGCUCCAACUGAUACCGCAAGAAAGUCGUUCACCAAAAACAAAAUCCUUCCAAACGAACGACGCAGUGUUUGGUAACUUCGAGAUGAUGUGAGGCGUGAAACACGACUGGUCCGCCCUCUACGCAUAGUCUUUUUCAUUGCACACACACACACACACACACACAAACAAAAACAGCAUAUAUACCCUGUGCCCACGCUCAUUUCCUUGAAUGCACACCACGUCUUCGACGCCGUGCUGCGCCAACACGAGGCCCUGUGCCGUCGAUGUUGCCGCCGUCGCCCCCCCC